UACGAAAUUGACCAAUCAAUCCGGCGUGGAGGUUAAUCUGCCGGCGAUAUCAACUCGGGGCAGCGGCCGGAUGCGGCGACGGUGACGGACGCCGGCGACAGUGGCGGAGCGGCAGUUCGACGGCGAUGAGCAGCGACUGGCGGCGCUGCAAUCGACGGCGGGGAAGGACGCCGGCAGUGGAGGCGACGGACUUCCGGCGAAGGAUGGGCAGCGACUGGCUUCCGACGACGGCGGCUGGAGGCUCGGGCGACGCUGCAACUCGACGGCGCUCGUUUCCGGCGAGGGCGAAACAGCGGCAUCCGGCGCUGGCUCACGGCGGUGAGCGACGGCGGCUGGAGGCGAAGGAGGCAGCGGCUGGCGGCGAUGAUGGCUUGGCGACGGCGGCGCUGCAACUCGACGGCAGCGGACGACCGACAAAGAAAACAGCGGCGUUUGGCUGGUGCGGCGGCGAGGGUGGGGAAGGGCGACGCUGGGCAGCGACUGGCGGCGGCGAUGAACGGCGACGCCGGCGGCUGCUCCAAUUGUACGACGGCGAUGGCGGCGGGCUUCCGGCGGCGAAGAAGAAAGGAGAAGAAGGAGGAAGAAGAAGAAGGAGAAGGAAGAAGAAAAAGAAGAAAAAGGAACGGACGAAACGAAGGAUAAGGUUUCGGGGCGUUACAAUCCCGACGAAGCCCGGUGAGGACUUGAAUGUUCUCCUCAUUCAAAUAGAUGUCCACCCCGUUGACGUUAGAGAUCAAGGCUCCGUCGUCAUCCUUUUUCAAGUUCGAGUAGAAAGCUCGAACAAGAAAGGGUUGAUAAUUGACCUUCUUGAUGUAGAGGAGAUCGAGGAAGUUUCCACGUUCGAGGAUAACCCGUGCCUCACGUGGAAUGGAGUCAUGAAUAAAGCGGGCUGUGGAGAAUCGGGGAGGGAGAAUCUCUCGGUGCUCAAAUUUCUCCGAGAACCGCAUCACCUCUGCGUGGUCGUUGAACCAAAGGAACGACCCGUCGAG